AUGGAGCAAUCUAUUGCAUUUCUACGUGAAGGUGUUGGUCAGUGUUCGUGUACUUCCACACCAGGUUGCCAGAAAAAAACCGCUCCGGUUGUAGCAGUUGUUGGUCCAGCAAAAAGUUCCACCACAAUUGCGGUACAAAAUUUGCUGCAAGUAUUCCAUAUACCUCAAAUUGGAUAUGGUGCAACAACGGCUGAUCUUUCUGAUAAAGAGCAAUAUGGUUAUUUCAUGCGUGUGGUACCAGCGGAUACGUGGCAGGCUAAAUUGGUUGUUGCAAUGUUGGAACACUUUAAUUGGACUUACGUAGCUGUUGUUUAUUCCGCUGGAAACUAUGGUGAAAAAGGAUUUGAAGAAUUGGAACGAAUGAUUAAUAAUGAUCUAUCAGAAAAUGUUUGCAUUGCAUAUUCGGAAAAAGUAAAAAGUUUAGCGGAACCGGCUGAAUUCGACAAAAUUUUAAAUUCAUUAAGUAGUCAAAAAUCGGUACCACAAGUAGUCGUAUGUUUUUGUGAAGGUCUUACAAUGCGUGGAAUGUUUAAAGCACAACAACGUCUCCGAAGAAGAAAUCCGGAAAUGCGACCAUUUCAAUGGAUUUGUAGUGAUGGUUGGAAUGAUAGAUUAGACGUGGUAAAUGGCGUAGAACUUGAAGCUGCCGGAAGUUUUUCCAUUAGGAUACAUUCACCACAUGUAAAAUGGUUUGAUCAGUAUUAUUUCUCCUUAAAUCCAGAAAAUAAUACACAUAAUCCAUGGUUUCGAGAAUUUUGGCAAGAGAAAUUCAGUUGUCAAUUUACAGUUCCUAAAGAUGAUUUUGAAACAAAAGUUUGUACUGGACAAGAGAAUCUUGCAAUAAAUUACAAACAGGAUGCAAAAUUGAGUCAAGUUGUAAAUUCAAUUCGUGUUGUUGGAUUAGCCCUUCAAGCAUUGUACAACGAUCGUUGUAGAGAAAAUUCAACAAUGUGUACGGAAAUAUUUGCAUUAAAUGGUACUUUACUUCUCAAAUAUAUGCUCAAUGUUACAUUUGUUGAUCAGUUCAAUCAGGAAGUUUAUUUCGAUACAAACGGUGAUCCACCUGCAUGGUAUGAUGUUUUAAACUAUGUUGGUGGUGAGGAAGGUUUUCGUAUGGUUGGUGAAUAUCGAAAAAAACGUCUUGGCAAAUAUCGUUUAAAAAUUACAAAAAGUGAUAUUAUGUUUUAUGAUAAAACAAAUCAAAUUCCAGAAUCAGUUUGCAGUAAACCAUGUAAAAUUGGACAACGACAACGUGAAACAGCUGCUUGUUGUUGGAUUUGUGAAGAUUGUUUAUCUCAUCAAAUUAUUGACUAUACGACACGUACGUGUCAGAAUUGUACACUUGGAUGGUGGCCUAAUGAUGAUCAUACAACCUGCUAUCCUUUGGUACAUGAAGGACCAGAUUGGUCAUCUACAGGUAUCAUCCUAGCUUUAUUACUUGCAUCAUUGGGUAUAAUAAUGACAUCAUUCACCGUAUUAAUAUUCAUUCGUUACAAUCAUACACCUGUCGUGAAAUCAACAACCAGAGAAUUAUCUUACAUAAUUCUAAGUGGUAUUACUAUUUGCUAUGCAGUAUCAUUUGCUGUACUUGCUACGCCAUCAUUUAUAACGUGUUUUAUAUCACGUACGCUACCUCCUGUUGCUUUUUCAAUGAUUUAUUCAGCACUUCUCACAAAAACAAAUCGUAUUGCUCGUAUUUUAGCAGGUAGCAAAAAACGAAUUUUAACAAAAAAACCGCGUUUCCUCAGUACUGCAUCACAAGUGGUAAUAACAUGGAUUGUUAUUUGUAUUGAAUGUGUUAUUGUUGCUGCUGGUGUAAUGGGUGAAAUGCCACAAGCUGGUUUUGAUCCAUAUUAUCAACCUCAACGUAUGGUACUCGUCUGCUCAACCACAACAUUUGCCUUUUUGACACCAUUUUUCUGGAAUCUUUUCCUGAUAUCACUUUGUACAUUGUAUGCAGUUAAAACGAGAAAUUUACCGGAAAAUUUUAAUGAAGCAAAAUUUAUUGGUUUUACUAUGUAUUGUACUUUGGUUGUUUGGUCAGCAUUUAUUGUUCUUCAUUUUGGUACAACAAAUAAAGCACUCACUAUGAGUUUUUCAUUCAGUCUAUCAGCCAGUAUAGCCUUAGUAUUAUUAUUUUUUCCAAAACUUUAUAUUAUUUUAUUACAUCCGGAAAAAAAUGUUCGAGCAAGUUAUACAACAACUAAAUUGAUACGUUGCCAUUUUGGUAAUUCACAAACAACAGAAAGAACUAGCAAAGAAACAAAUAAUUGGAAAUCUGGUUCCAGUCAGCAUUCUCUUUCAAGGAGUGAAGCUGGAUCACAGAUCAGGCAUAGCUGUCGAAAACGGAAGCCAUCAGUUUAUAUAAGUCAAAGUCCAUCACAAGAUGCAUCAACACAAACUGAAUCUAGCAAAAUAACUUCAAAAUUUGCUCGAACAUUUUCUAUAAUUAGUGGUAGUCUUGGAGCUACUGGUGCUACUAAUGGUACUCAACGUGAGGUUAAACAAUUAGAGGUAAAUGAUGAAGUGCAAGAAUUAAUUGAUUCCUGUCGACGAUAUCAGAUUUCACAAAGUGAACGAUUGCAUGGCUCCGUAAAAAAUUUAUUAUUGGUUGAAAAGGAAGAAAAAAAUGAAAAUAUUGGUUGCCUGAUUGCCGGUUCAAUGCAAACCGUUCUCAAUACAGUUUCAAAACAAGUAUUACCCAUGGGUUCAUCACUACCACAUACUCAAGUAUCCAACGAGGAUAGUAAAUUUGAGCAGCUAUUGAAAAGUUGUGGUAUGGAACCUUUGCAGUUGACAAAUGCGACACCACUAUGA